UGGUUUCUCUAUCUGUAAGGCUUCAAGAGAGAUUCAAUUAUCACUUCAGUUUCUUUAGAUCUGAAUCAUCUGAUCUUUGAUAGCUCAUACCAGCAGCAUAAUUGACAUCGUCUUGCUUCCAAUUUUUGUUUUUCCCGUAGAUUCAACCAUGGAUUUCAUGAAGGUAUUCGAUCAGACGGUCCGCGAAAUAAAGAGGGAGGUGAACUUGAAAGUUUUGAAGGUUCCCGAGAUGGAACAAAAGGUGUUGGAUGCAACUGAUGAGCAGCCAUGGGGUCCUCAUGGUUCUGCAUUAGCAGAGAUAGCUCAAGGAACCAAAAAAUACUCAGAAUGUCAGAUUGUGAUGAAUGUCCUCUGGACAAGAUUAACUGAGACUGGCCGGAACUGGCGUUAUGUCUAUAAGGCAUUGACUGUUAUAGAGUAUCUGGUUUCGCAUGGAUCAGAACGAGCUGUUGAUGAUAUAAUAGAACAUACUUAUCAAAUAUCUUCACUCUCAAGCUUUGAAUAUGUUGAACCUAGCGGGAAGGAUAUGGGAAUCAAUGUCAGGAAGAAGGCUGAAAAUAUUGUAGCUCUUCUGAAUGAUAAAGACAAAAUACAGGAAGUUAGAAAUAAAGCUGCUUCAAACCGUGAUAAGUACGUUGGCCUUUCUUCAUCAGGCAUAACAUACAAAUCAGGUGCACCCUCAUUUGGUAGUAGCAGUUUCGAGAGCAGCAAUAAAUAUGGAGGCUUUGGUAGUACCAACGAUGGUGACACAUCCAAAGAUAAGGAGAAAAAUCAUUAUGGUGAAGACAUGGUUGAUCGGACUACUUAUUCCAAGUCACAUAAAGGAGAUACAAGAGAUAAUAAAGGGAGCUUCUCAAAGAGGGGAUCUACACGUCAGAGCAGCAAGGCUCAAGAUAGCUCUGCAUCUGGUGCAUCGAAGCCCGUAGCAGUAAGUGGCAUCUCUGAUAACUAUACCUCAGUUACCUCAAAGAACUCAGCUGCGACAUCAAACAACUAUGAUGAUUUUGAUGACUUCGAUCCGCGAGGAACUGCCUCCCAGAAACCUGCAACUGGAAACUCUAAACAAGUGGAUCUGUUUGGAGAAAGUUUGCUUGGUGACUUAAUGGAUACUCCUAUAUCUGUUACUCAAGAAUCGCCAACUGUAGUUGCAGAAGAGGUUGAUCUGUUUGCUGACGCAACAUUUAUAUCUACGCCACCCCUUCCAGAAGUUGGGGGAAGUUCUCAGAAUCGGAUGCCAGUUGAUCUCUUUGCUUCACAAUCUGUAACAUCUACCAAGAUUCCAACUCUCUUUGCCCCACAAUCUGUAACAUCUACCAAGAUUCCAACUCUCUUUGCUCCACAAUCUGUAACAUCUACCAAGAUUCCUCCACCCGCAGCAGAUCUUUUCGCUGUUCAUGAGGCAGUAGUAGAGCAAAGUGAGAAGAGCAAAGCUAAACCAUCAUCGGAGGCUACCAUAUUUGAUCCGUUUUCUGCAGUCCCACUAAAUAAUUUUGAUGGCUCUGAUCCUUUUGGUCCACUGUCUUCUCAUACUGACUCAGUUUCAGUUGAGUCUCGGAAAAAUGAUGAUAACUUGACUGGAAAACCGUCAACUGAGCUUAAGGGUUCGUCAAACAAGGAUACUUUCCAAGUAAAAUCUGGAAUAUGGGCCGACUCUCUAAGCCGUGGACUAAUUGAUCUCAAUAUAUCUGCACCCAAGAAGGUGUCUUUAGCUGAUGUAGGUGUGGUGGGGGGAUUAUCAGACGGUUCAGAUGAAACCUCAUUUUACAUGAGUGGUAGAGCCAUUGGUAGUGGAUCAUCGGGUCCGGGUAAAUCAGGAUUUACCCCAAUGUCAGGGUUAAGUGGAGGAGGAAUUGACGACGAUAACUUCUUCUCUAGCCUUAGCAUUGGUGGUCAACAAUAUCCACCAUAUGGCGGCAGCCACAUGAAAUAGUUACUUUUGAUGGGAUGGUAAAUUUCUUCUAUAUACUGAAAAUCAAAUUUACUCAAAUUCCAUUUUUACAGGACAUGUAUUAUUCUUCUAGGAGUUCUGGAUUCGAUUACUAUUUGUGUGAGUUUGGAGAUAUGUACUUUUGAGCUCAAUGUGUAUUCAUUUUACAAGUAAACAGAGGCUUUUACGGUUACCCCGAUGUUCUAGUUUAACUGGAAAACCGGAGAAUUAUCGUAUAGUGGAUGAUAAAAUAUUUUAUAUAUUUGUUGUUGCUAUCUAA